UAUUGCCGAUAAGGAUGGAGAAAUUAAUUGAUUCAUAUGUGACGCCGGCAGUCUCUGUGGGUUAUUUUGGGACAUUCGGAGCCCGAUUGCUGAGUUCAGGUGCAGAACUGAAGAAAAAAUGGAAAAACCUCAGAGAUAGUUAUUUCCGUGAAGUACGUCGACGGGACAUGAUCAGUAAAGGAACAGCUCCCCCCAAACGAAACACCUACAUAUACUACCGGCGGCUCAAUUUUCUGAGUGUAAUAACCGACGCCACGAAGUCUGAAGCUUCAAGUAACGGACAAGUAGAGGCACAUUCUUCAAUGUCUCAAGAAAAUGACGUUAUGUCCAAACGUCCACACCGCGAGGUCAAAAAUAAAAAACCAAAAAUAGUUGUGGAUAAAGGAGAAGUCGAUGAAUCCAUUGAGAUGGGAUAUGUUAUCAAAACCGAAAACAUUGAGAUCGAAGAUAGUGACUCAGCAACAUUCUUUGAGCUAAAGUACCAGAUUGAGGAAGAAAAUAGCCUAAUUGAGAAGCCCAAUAUUAUACAGAUGAAUGCUCAGGAAACAAAUAAGGGUAGCCAACAGACUGAUGAGGGUGACUCAGAUAAGCUAUUUCUCUUAUCUUUGCUUGAUAGUUUUCGAAGGAUACCUAGUCAUCGGAAGUCCGCUGCGAAAAUCAAAAUGAUCCAAUUAGUCGAGGAGUUUAUGACUCACUGAAAUGGUAUUGAUCUGAUCGAUAUUAAUAAUACGACAGAUCCAGAUUAUUCCGCGCUUCCAGACCAUCAGAACCAUUGUUAGGUACUCCAAUGACCUUAUAUUGACACUAGUAAAUGUUCUGAAUUUAAAAUAGUGUUAAACAAUAAAUAUUUAUUUUUUAG